AUGCGGAAGGCAGACAAGAAACAAGCAGGUGGCGCUCGGCACAACACCGCCAUUCUCGAGCCGUAUGCAGCGGCGGCCCUCCCUCCGAACUCUGCUUUCGAUAGAGAAACUGGGAUAACCGGGAAUGAAGAGAAAACGUUACCAUGUUCCCUGUACCGGAACAAACAGUCUCAGGCAGCGUCACAUCUGUAUGAAGAUAAGGAAGACAACAAGGAGUCGUCACAACAUGCAGGACAUGGUGGAAGAGCCGAUGACAACGACGAUCCAGACAACCACGUGUCCAACAACGACGAUCCAGACAACCAGCUGUCCAACAACGACGAUCCAGACAACUACGUGCCCAACAACGACGAUUCCGACAUCCACGUGUCCAACAACGACAAUCCCGACAACCGCGUGUCCAACAACGACAAUCCCGACAACCACGUCUCCAACAACGACGACCCCAACGACCACGUGUUCAACAACGACGACCCCAACGACCAUAUGCCCAACAACGACGAUCCAGACAACCACGUGUACAACAACGACAAUCCCGACAACAACGUGUCCAACAACGACGACCCCAACGACCACGUGCCCAACAACGACGAUCCAGACAACCACGUGUACAACAACGACAAUCCCGACAACCACGUGUACAACAACGACAAUCCCGACAACCACGUGUCCAACAACGACGACCCCAACGACCACGUGUACAACAACGACGAUCCAGACAACCACGAGUACGACCAUGACCCUAGUGUCCGACAGCCUAAAGUCAAAGGAAGGACCGGUCGUCUCGCAAACUACGUUCACAUGGAAGAUCGCAUCGUGCAGCGGCACGUCUGCACCCGGGACACGUCUGAACACGAGCGUCUCUCCACCAUCGACUGGACCCGAAGUGACCACUGUGCUGUCAGGGGUGACAACUACACCACCAAACGUUAG